ACAAAUUUUCAAAGAGAAAAGUGAGGACUUUACAAGAAAAGCUGAAGUUGGUGGAUUAUAUAUAAAGGUGGGUAGAAGGCAAAUUUAUCAAACACUUUGUAAAAAAUAAAUCAACUUGUUUGUUUGGUGGUAGUUGAGAGUAGUAGUAAUAAUGGGAAGACAACCUUGUUGUGACAAACUUGGAGUGAAGAAAGGUCCGUGGACAGCUGAUGAAGACAAGAAACUCAUCAAUUUUAUUCUUACAAAUGGCCAAUGUUGUUGGCGUGCUGUCCCUAAACUCGCCGGUCUUAGGCGCUGCGGUAAGAGUUGUCGUCUCCGAUGGACUAAUUACCUUCGACCCGACUUGAAGAGAGGACUUCUUAGUGAUGCUGAGGAGAAAUUGGUAAUUGAUCUCCAUGCUCGUCUUGGAAACAGGUGGUCCAAGAUUGCUGCAAGAUUACCAGGAAGGACAGAUAAUGAGAUUAAAAAUCAUUGGAACACUCAUAUUAAAAAAAAGCUUCUAAAGAUGGGGAUUGAUCCUGUUACACAUGAACCACUCAAAAAAGAAGCAAAUCUAAUUGAUCAACCUAUCCCAGAAUCUGAUCAAAACAAAAAUAAUGGUCAUCAGCAGGUACAAGUUGUACCCGAGUGUACAAGUGUCACUGCAGCAGCCACCUCCUCAGAGUUAGAUAACUCAUCUUACUCCGCUUCUUCUAUUUCUUCGUCUGAAAACUCUUCAAGUAUCACCGAUGAAUCCAAGUUGGUUCUCAACGCCCUCGGUGAAAAUGAUCCGCUGCUAAGCUCCCUACUGGAAGUUGAUGCUCCUCUUGUCGAUUCGCUAUGGGAACUUCCAGUAUCUUGUGAAGAACAAAAAAAAUUCGAUAACAUGGCAUCCUGGGACGACAGUUUGAAUUGGCUAUUGGAUUGUCAAGAUUUUGGUAUUCAUGACUUUGGUUUUGAUAAUUGCUUUAAUGAUGUUGAAUUAGAGGUGUUUAACACCAUAGAUGACAUGGAAAACAAGCAGUGAUCAUUAAUAACCAAGAUUAAUCCCAGAUGAAAAAUAUAAUGAAUGGCCGAAGGGACAUAGCCAAGGAAUUAAUUCUAGCUUUUCACAACGUUAGUGUUUUUUACGUGCAUGUUUACAAAUGUAUCAUGUCUAUAGUACUAGGAUGUUAGAUUUGGUGGAGCUGUAUUUUGUUUUUUUUAUUUGUACAAAUUUUAGUAGAAUAUUCGCGAAGAGUCCAUGGUGAAACCUUUGCUUCUAAUUUAGAGGUUUCGGACAAGCUAGCCAACCUACCAACCAACCAGUCAAUUAAACCAAUCAUGUUAGAAGAAAAAAAUCCAAAGAGAUAAAAAGAAAUAAUAGUAGUAUCAAUAGUAGUGAUUUAGUUUUAUCCCUGUGCCAAGGAUGGGGACAUGUACUCUUAGGCAAAAUCAUUAGAGGGGUUCAUAUGUAUAUUAAGAAAACCUUUUGUAUAUUAUGUAAAGAUCAUAAACUAUAAUGACAAUUUGUUGUU